AUGAACCAAACAUGGUCUAACACCUUUCAACAGCUUCCCAAACGGUUUCUCACUUUUUCGAGUUAUUCUCCAUCUUUUCUAGGGAAGGUUCUUACGAACCUCCCUCUAGGUCAUCAACUCACUGACUCUCAUAAGAAACUGCUAUCCAUCUUGGAAAGCGGCUGUGAUUACGCUCACUUAUCUCUAGAGGACUUGCUGACAGAACCUGACAAGCUACAGCACAGACUUACUUCAGCUAUUAAUCAAGGCAGAGAGGCAACUUUGCUAGCCUUGUCUAUCGAUGACCAGUGUUCUGCUCGUUUGAGAUCUGUUGCAGGAAAGGAAGCUGGAGCUUGGCUUCACGCAAUCCCAUCCGACGAUGAGCUCGCUAUUGAAACUCGCGAAUAUCGCUUAGCGGCUUAUUUACGCUUGGGCUUGCCUAUAUUUGGUCAAUGGGCAGUCACCUGUGAUUGUGGAGCUACAGUAGACGAAGGUGCAUACCACCUCUUGACAUGCAAGCGUCACGGUGGCCCAAUUUGGCAGCACGACUUCAUUGUCUCGGCCUGGUGCAGGUGUCUAAAUUCAGCUGAUGUUCUCCACAAGAAGGAAGUGCGCAACCUCUAUGUCGACAGCCUUGGUCGCCCGGAUAUUGUGACCUUUGACUCAGGUAGCUUGACCAAUGCUGAGAUAGAUGUCUCGCUAGCUCAUCCCUACAACAAGGAGGUGGUUAGCUCUAGUGCUAAAGUGACUGGCCAUGCCUCCCUUGUUCGAGAACAACACAAGAAAGAGAAGUACAAGCAAUUUCACCAUCCAGGAGGACAACGUCCAGAUGUCAUCCCCUUGGUACAUGAACAUUUUGGGAGAUGGGGCAAGGAAGCCAUUAACUUCCUCAAGUCCCUAGGGGAUCGCUCCAAGGAUGAAUAUGGUCAAUACAACAAAAAGGAUUUUAUGUCAGUGUCUAGACGCCGGAUUAGCGUUGCACUUCAGAAAGGCAAUGCUAAAGUUAUUCUAAGGAAGCUGGAAAGACUAAAUUAUGCUUUUUCUUCGCUUGACCUUGCUUUCACAGACGUUCAGUCUUACGUUCAUUAGAAUAGACAGCAGUUUUCAUUAGUCUUUUGUGCUAGAGAAAGAAAUUAUUCAAUAAAAUCUA